AGCUCUGACAGGAUGGAUUUUUUGGACCGCGGCUACUUGGAGGCGCGGUCUCCUUAUGAUUACACCUUUAAUUUCUGGAACGACUACCUCGGCCUGUCGACACUUGUCGCCAAAAACAAGAUCAACAGCCCGUCCUGUAGUCCCAACUCUAUCACCGAGUCUCUUAAAGCGACCCUGGGCUUGGAUGAUUCUCCGGUUUGCUCCUGCGUAAUUGGGCAGGGCAGGGACAGCGAUGGACACUUGGACUGCUGCUGCGCGGCCCCGGGCUCCCCGCCGAUCUCCAUCUAUGAUCUCAAGGAGCGCAUCUCACUUCUCAGGCCGUAUGAGCAGCUCGCAGGUGAUUCGCCUCUCGCAGACAGAGAUUCACCCUCCUACAGAGGAAGUUUCCCCGGCCUGGACCUGCUCUCUAUGGACAGAAGGCGUAAACAGACUCAGAGGUGCAAGCCGGAGCCGAAGGUGUGCGUCUUCUGUAGGAAUAACGGCGCACCGGAGGAGGUUUACGGCACACACAUCCUGAAGACAGCGGAUGGCAGAGUCCUGUGCCCCAUCCUGCGGGCAUACACCUGUCCCCUCUGCAGUGCCAACGGCGACAAUGCGCACACCAUCAAGUACUGCCCGCUUUCUAAAGAUCAGCCGAGCCAGAGAUUGGCAAAGGGGGGCAGAGUGAUUGGCAAGAGGCUGAAAAUCUUCUAA